AGCACACACUCUCAAACACACACACACACACAGCCAGCCAGCCAGCCAGCCAGCCCUGCACUCACACUGCUUCUGUGCUACAGAGAGACGAUAUGUGUUGAGCUAGCUCCGAAAAGGCACUGCACAUAGUAGCGACAUAUAUUAGAUACUAGCAGACGCCACAGCAUUCUCCCGAGCUACAGGAACGUUUUGUUUUGGCUCCACAAAAGUGAACCUGGAAUCGUAGUUAGCCAUUUUGCUAAGCAGCUAAGUCGCCAUCGUAUUGCUUUUUGUAGACACAGAGCAGGCUAGCCGCAGACACAAGCGCAGAGGAAAUGAAGGACAAACAAAAGAGAAAGAAGGAGCGGACCUGGGCUGAGGCGGCUCGCAUGGUGUUGGAGAACUUCUCAGACGCACCCAUGACUCCCAAACAAAUCCUCCAUGUCAUCCAGACCAAGGGGCUAAAGGAGAUGCGAAGCGGCACAGCUCCUCUGGCCUGUCUGGUUACCAUGCUGCACUCCCAGGUGAGGGGAGACCGAGUUAAGAACAGCAUCUUCUUCAAGCUGCCUGGACGGAUGAGCCUGUUUACCCUCAAGAAGAACGCCCUCCAGUGGACAAAGACGACAUCAGAGACGGAGACGCGAACAGAGGCCGGCGGAAGCACGGCUGCUUCAGGCUCCAGCACUCAUGCAGCGGCUGGUGCCUCAGGCGGACCUGCAGACGCCACCGAGCAGGAGAGCUGCGACUCGACCGAGACCAACGCCGGUGCAAGCGGAGACAAUGACGCCUCAGUGGAUGAGAGCUCGUCCAGCGCCUCCUGCUCCACCGAGCCGCAGCCGACCAUCAGUCAGCCUCAGACCCGCCUCAGCAGAUCAGCCGGACAGCAGGGACGCACAGAAGCACAGCAGGCCCAACACACUCCACACGCCCAGACCAGACUGAGCCGAUCACGACAGUCAGGAAGACAGAGGAAGAAAGCAGUCAUGAUGCCUCGUGUUGUUCUCACCCCUCUUAAAGUAAACGGAGAGCACGUCCCCUCAGGGCCCAUGAAGAGGAGUCGAGGAGGAGUCGAUGUAGACUUCGAAACACCUGGCUCCAUCCUGGUCAACACGAACAUCAGAGCUCUCAUCAAUGUGCGGACCUUCUCAGCCUUCCCCGCUCACUCCCAGCAGCAGCUCCUGCAGCUCCUGCCAGAGGUGGACCGACUGGUUGGAUCUGAUGGCAUGGCCCGACUGAGCAGUUCAGCUCUCAACAACGAGUUCUUCACCCACGCUUCCCAGAGCUGGAAAGAGAGGCUGGCUGAGGGUGAGUUUACCCACGAGAUGCAGGUGCGAUUCCGACAGGAAAUGGAGAAAGAGAAGAAGGUUGAGGCGUGGAAGGAAAAGUUCUUCGAAGAGUAUCACGGGCAAAAGUCUGGGCUGACAAAAGAGGAGUCCCUUAAACUGACCGCCAGUGAAGCCAGUGACGUUGCAGCCAGUGUGCUGGAAAGUGAUGUAGCUGUUGUUGCAACACCGAAGAGACGCAGUGUCGGUCGCAGGAGGAGAGACGGACGGAUGAGGAGACGCACACGAGCCGAUCUGCGCCGAAGAGCCCGCCGGACCCUCUGUAAGGCCACUCCCCCUGCCCUGCAGGCGACAGAAGCAACUGAAGCCAGUGCUGCUUUGGACAUCUCCACAGUCUCUAUGGGCUCUCCCUUGUCUGACAACGCGGUGGUUCAAGGCGAGGUGGUGCUGCAGGCUGAGUGUGGUGUGGAGAUCCCAGCCGAGAGCACCUCGAUCGAGUCGAAGGCCUCUCCUGCUCCAGAGCCGGUCACAAUACCAGCCCCCACUCCUACUCCUACUCCCACUCCCACUCCUACUCCCACUCCUACUCCCACUCCCACUCCCACUCCUACUCCUACUCCUACUCCCACUCCCACACCUACUCCCACUCCUACUCCAACACCGACUCCAAGCCCCAGCCCCAGCCCAGCCUCCACCAGCGCCAACGAAGAGCCAGAGGUCACGGCCCGCCUGCUCCCAGAGGAAGCUGCACCUGCUCUGGCUUCCACAUCUUCCCCCUCCCCCUCCUCCUCCUCCUCCUCCUCUUCUUCUUCGUCUGCCUCUUCACCAGCCUCCUCACCCUCCUCUCCUUCUGACAGGCAAGGGGCUUUUGCAGCAGGCCUGGACUCUUCCUCCUCCUCCUCAGCCUCGUCCAGUGCUGCAGUUGCAGCCGAUCCCUUGGAUGACACCGCCUCCGUUGUUACCUCUAUCACCGGGGGCACCGCCACCAGCAGCCGUGAGAGCAGCCCUUCAGCCAGCCCCGCCACCACCCCCGUCCCCAGCUCCCAGCUCAAGGAGAAGAGGAGGACCGAGGAGGCUCAGGCCUUUUCCAGCUUUCCCGAAAAGAGGCCGCGGCUGGAUGACCGUCAGUCCUUUCGUACCACAAUUGACGGUGUCCGCACGGAGAAGCCGCAGCCUACAACAGAAGAGCCCAAGGUGCCGCCAAUCCGGAUUCAACUGUCCAGGAUCAAACCUCCCUGGGUCAAAGGCCACCCCACCUACCAGAUCUGCCCAAGGAUCGUGCCCCCCGGCGAGGGCUCGCGGCGGUCGGGGACGGGGGGCGCGCGCACCUUGGCGGACAUCAAAGCCCGCGCCCAGCAAGCCCGCGCCCAACGCGAGGCCGCUGCUGCUGUUGCAGCCACUAGCGACGGGACAGGGACGGACGGGGUCAGGCUGCGGCCUGCUACUGGGCUACCGGAUAGCAGCAAUGGACGACGAGCGAGAGAGCAUCCAGGACCUAUCGAGCCCGGAGGAGGAGGAGGAGGAGGAGGAGGAGGAGGAGGAGGAGGACGAGGAGGAGGAGGAGGAGGAAGUGGAAGAAGGGGAGGUGGUGGGAUGGAGGAGCAGGGAUCGUCUUCGGGCUCUAAUUCGUCUGGAACACAACUACAGCUUCACAAUGUAGAGCCUGUGUCCCAGUCUUCUCCGUCGCUGUCCACUACCUCUACCUCAAUGUCCCUGGAGCCCCCUCAGACCCCGAGUCCUCCUCCAGAGGAGCUCUCUGUGGGGGCAGAAGAUGGAGAGGAGAUGGAAGAGGCAAACGUCCGGAGCUCCUUGAACGGUCUCGCAGAGAAGGCAGCGGAGUCCUCCUCUUCAGAGUCGGACUCUGUGUCCAAGUCUUUGACCACCAAGUCGGCCAGGCAGAGCCGGGACCCCGACUCUGCUGCUCCUCCCUCUGAGAGAGCUAACCCAUGUCGUGAAAAACCCUCCUUGGUCGCAACCUCAAUCCCAGAUUCCCUUCCCAGGUUUGGAGCUCAGGGUGUGGACGUUAUUCAGACACUUGCCAGCUCCUGUCAGCCCAAAGAGCAGCUGACGGGAAAGGAGGCGGGUCUAGGCGGUGUCAUCCAACAUGGCUCACAUCAUGUGGACCCACAGGAUAUAUUCUCUCAUUCAGCUACAGAAAGAAAGCAGGCAAAUGCAUCCUCGCCCCAACAUGCGGACUCCUCUGAGAAAGAUGACGAGGCUGGGACUCACAGCGACUCAACAGAAACGGCCUCAGACUGCGAGAAUGAUAAUGAUAACCACCCCGAUGAGGACUGGUGCCCCCAACUGCGCACGCCGAGAAAUGGUCAGCUGGUCAUCUGCAGCCCUCCUCCUCCUCCUCAGAACCAGCAGCCAGUCAUCCACGCCCACGUGUCCAGCCGCCAAGGUCAGACGGUCAUUCAGUCCUGCUUCCCCAACGGCCUGCCUAAUCCUCCGCACAGCCGACCCCACUCCACAAACGUUGUGGUCAAAAUGGAGCCUGGAGAGGAUUGUAGAAUCUCAAGACAGAGCUCGGCUGAAGACGAGUAUCGUGGAGGGUUAAAGUCGGCCAUUGCUCACCCGGGCUCCGCUGCCUCCAAGAGACUGGCGAGCUCAGCCAGAGCUGUAUCCACUGUGGAGGCCAACAACCCCUUGGUCACUCAGCUGCUACAGGGCAGUCUGCCCUUGGAGAAAGUUCUGCCCACACACUCUGCCAACAGAUUAGAGAUCAGCCGUUUACCAGGACCGCAACCCAGACCGCCCGUGGCAAGAACCCCAGGGGCACGAGGGAGGUCUGAUGUCUCAGCCCAGUCUCCAAGCCUGGAUCUGUCUGCAGCAUCCCAGAACCACACCAAGUCUCCACCAGGCCGUCCAGUCUCCUGUCUUAUGGAGGCCCCGGCUGUGUCCCAGUAUCAGUCCCAGCAGGCCCCCGGAGCGGUCCCAGUCAUCACCUCCCUGCCCACCUCCUCCUCUACAAGUUCAAUCUAUAGAAGUAAGUCAGAACUCAGCGCUGUGGAGGCUGCAGCCGUCAAAGACUCUCACGGUCCUCAGGGGCUCAAUCCAGAUAGACCACAGAACUCCCUUCGCACUCUACAUAACGGUCCCUCUCCACCCAAGGCGGACCCCUGUCCCACAGACGUGUUGCCGACUAUUAAGAUCAACUGGCGUCCACCUCAGUCUCAGCUCCCCCACCCUCACCAACAGCAGCAGUCUCCUGCACCCUCUGUGAAGAGUGAAGUUGGUGCUCGCCCAUCUUGCCAGGCUUUCUCCAAAUCAUCCCCCACCAAACCCCUGAGUGUUACCAAAAAGGAGCCCGGCAGCUCUUUGGACGGCUACUUGAGCGGAGGCGCGAUGGAAGGACUCCUCAACAUGGAGAUGACUUUUGCCAGAAUGGCAAAAAAGGAGCACAAUAAAGGUCCCUACUCCUCUGGUUCCCCCUCCUCCUCCUCCCCGUCGCCCUCCUCCUCCCUUCCCUUCCAUCUGUACGGGAAGCUCCCCAAGCAAGGAGGAGGAGUCAGCUACACAGCAAACGUGUCGGUGAUGGAUAACGGCGGAUUCGCUCGCAGCAUGGCGGACAGUGUCCUCCAGCUGCGCCCCCGCUUGACCUCCACCCAGGCCACCCUCAGCAUCCAGGCCUUUACUGACAGUGCGACCGAGGAGGUGGCGCUCAAGUGCUCGUGCCGCCUCAAAGCCAUGAUCAUGUGCCAAGGCUGCGGUGCCUUCUGCCAUGACGAUUGCAUCGGGCCCUCCAAACUAUGCGUGUCGUGUCUGGUGGUCAGAUAGUGUGUUACUUUGCUAUCUGUGCUAUCAGCAUCAGCAGCAGGACUGGGGGGGGCUCAGAGUGUACAGAACACAGGAGGAGCCUGACAGGCAGGAUUUGCCUUGUAUGAUAUAUUUGGUCUGUAUUUUUUGUUGUUGCAGAUUUUCAGAUUUUUUUUUAGCUGUAUUGAUAUAUUAUUAUUAUUAUUAUUAUUAUGAUUGUUAUUAUUAUUAUUAUUAUUGUUGUUGUUAUAAUUAUUGUGAAUUCGGGGCAUGAUCGAUUGUAAAUUGUGCCUUUUUUUUGUUUUCUCUCCUCAAAAACAUUUACCUCAUCUUAUCUCGCUCCACCUGUCAUCAUUCGGUGGCCAUCAUUGUUUUGGUCCCUUGUCUCCUCAGUGGACAGGGACUUAUUCUUGUCUCUUUGCGCAAAGAAGUAUUUUUUUAACCAUUAAAAUGAGUAAAUGACA